AAAAACGUUUUGACCUUGAGCACAAGACUCAAAGCCGCGUUGCUCCAAGUGAUAGAGAAAUGGAAGAAGAGCGGCGAAGAGAGAACAAGGGCUUCGACGACGAGGACGACCUCUGCUUUCUUCUUCUUAUUAUUCUCCUCAUCGUCCUCCUUCGUUCUUCGUCCUCCUCCUCCCCCUCCCCCUCCCCCUCCCAUGGGCGACACUGUUUGGGGUUUUGCUUCUCGUGCUGUUCCUCCGCUAGUGCUUGCUUGAACCUUGUCCGCCUCUACUCUACCGCCGCCCCUUGUCCUAAGUCCACAUGCCUUGGUGGAACUGGAAGAGGAGCCCUAGGCAUCUCCUCUCGUCUUAUUCUCCUUCCUCAGCCUCCGUACCCACCUCCCCGGGGCGCGCUGCUGGCGGUGGCGGUGGCGGCCGCAGCCGCCCUAAGGAUCCCUGCGUUUACCCCUCCACACGCUUCCAGCCCCAACCAAUCCUUACCCGGCAGACCAAUCUCCGCCGUCUGACAGAACACGAGCUCAAUGCGUUGUGCCAGGACGCUGUGGAAGAGGCGUCGAGCUCCACAUCGGUGUCCGGGUCCCCCAGUAACCUCGUCGCUAUUGCCGCCGCCACGAAUUCUACUCCUGUCUCUCGCUCUCCCAGCGAACUUUACGACGUCCAGUUGCGAUCGGUUUCAUCGCCUAUUGUGUUGCCGCGACCGCCCCCACAUCCAGAGUCCUCUGUUAGAGCUUCAACACUAACGGAAUUGAAGUCGGGGCAGGAUUUUUGUUUCAAUUCCGCAGAAUCUGUGGCCGGGCCUCUGCCAUCACCCUGGGAGGAUUUUGGCAAGACGAAUGGUGUUGGUAGAAUUGGCGCAGCUACGAAGUCUACAUCUCUGGAUUCUCUAUUUGGGCGCACGUCAUCUCAUGUUUACCCAGAGCAAGAAGAUAUACUAUUGAAUAAAUCAUCUAUUAGAGAUCGGAGGCUGCCCCAGGAACCAAAUUAUGCCAGCACGAAAGACAUCACAUUGAACAUUCCUGCAAAAAGUGUUAUCAUCAGUGAAUUUUUAAGUCCUGCUGGUAGUCCCGUCCAUACCCCUAGGCGAUCCACUGACGUAGCCUUUUUGGCUUCUUUGAUUGGCACCCCAGGUCUCCAUGUCUUGUCAGCGCCAGACAUCCCUCAUGAUAGUGUGGCUGCUUUCUCUUCUCAGACUUCACCCAAGAAAAUGCAGAGUCCUGAACAUUUUCCAGUUUAUAGUUUGGCAACUAAAAGGCAUAUCUCAAGACCUAGAAAUCAUAGUGCACCAGCAUCCCCAUUGCACAUAGCAAUGCACUCAGAGAGCUUGACUGCAUGGCAUGAUAGUGGUGGAAAUGUAAACGUCCACCCACUUCCUCUCCCUCCUGGUGCUUCACCUUCCAAACAAUCAGCUUUGUCUUAUCCUUGUUCAUUGAAAGUAGAUGUUCCAGUAGUGGCAAAUCAAUGGAAGAAACGAAAACUAAUUGGGAGUGGAACAUUUGGGAAUGUAUAUGAAGCCACCAACAGUUAUAGUGGUGCAUUAUGUGCGAUGAAAGAAGUUAAUAUAAUCCCUGAUGAUUCCAGAUCAGCUGAAUGCUUGAAGCAGUUGGAACAGGAAAUAAAGUUCCUUAGUCAGUUUAAGCAUCCAAAUAUUGUUCAGUACUACGGGAGUGAAAUGAUUGAGGAUCAGCUUUACAUUUAUCUAGAAUAUGUUCAUCCUGGUUCAGUUAAUAAAUAUGUUCGUACAUAUUAUGGAUCAAUGACUGAAUGCAUAGUGCGCAGUUUUACUUGCCAUAUCCUUAAAGGCUUGGCUUACUUGCAUGAUAAAAAGAUCAUGCACAGGGAUAUCAAAGGAGCAAAUUUGCUUGUUGACGUGAAUGGCGUUGUCAAGCUAGCUGAUUUUGGGAUGGCAAAGCAUCUAAAUGGAGCAACAACUUGUCAUUCAAUGAAGGGAUCUGCAUUUUGGAUGGCUCCAGAGAUGUUAAAGGCCACAAUGAACAAAGAAAUUGUUUAUGAUGUUUCUGUUGACAUCUGGAGUUUGGGUUGUACAAUCAUUGAGAUGUUCACAGGGAAACACCCAUGGAGUGAUCUACAUGAGGCUCAAGCUAUGUUUAAAGUCUUGCAUUAUCAUCCACCAAUACCUGAAAAUUUGUCCAAGGAGGGCAAGGACUUCCUCCAGCGUUGCUUCCGAAGGAACCCUGCAGAGAGGCCAACUGCUAAUUGGUUGCUCGAGCACCCCUUUGUACAAAACGUCCAGCAGCACAGCCUUAAUAGUCCUGUCCAGCCUAUUACAGAGAUCAAACCGACUGAUUCUACUCAUAGCCCAAGCAAUAGAGGCACACCCAAACAUUGCCCAUUUGUGAAAAGGAAACCUACAGCCACUCGUGAUAAUGGUCAAUCUCCAUCUUAUCCUGAGAAAUUCGAGUCAGCUGCAUCUCAUCUUUCAUCUCCUUCCAUCCCCAAAAGCUUCGCUAGUUUAUCCCCUCCCUCAAAAUUCACAGCAUCAAAUGCAGCUGGCUCUUCAGCACCUACUCAACACUGGGCUUUGCCGAGUGCAAGGAAACUUCAGUCCUAUGCACGACACAGACCUCAUGAGAAAGAUUAUGCAACUUCCUUCUAAAAUGGAGUGGCUAUUUUCCAUAGGAUGGGUGUCUGAGACUAACAACUAAAUAGCUAAGAUCAUGUAACCAUUUGUGAUAUAAUCUCUAGUCCAACUCACAUUCCUACUUCCUAACCAUAGCCAAACAAUUCGUCGACAAAGAAUUCCCCAGCCUUGAGCUGUGCUGAAGUAUGAGAGAAAGCUGGUUUUUGUAUAUUGCAGUGCUUGCCGAGUCCAUCAUUAUUUAUUUGAAUGCAUCAUGUAUGAUAGUGUCAAUUUAGGUUUAGAACUCAUUUGUUUUCUUGGAUUUCAUAAUGUAUCAUGCCCUUCGUCUAAUACAAAAGAUUAAAAUGCCCACUACCAAUUGCUGGGACAUUGGCUA